AUGUCCGUCUUCUCCUACAUCGCAUCGGGCAUCAGCUCCUUCGUCGUUGUCACGCUCUCGCUCUUCGCCCUCGGCCAGAAAGUCCCCCGCGCCGCCUUUGUCGCCCGCUGUCUUGCCGCCUAUGGCUCGCUCCUCCUCUGCGCCACCUACGGCGUUGUAGCCUCCAUUGUGCUCCGUCUCGCCGGCUACGGCCGCAUUUCCCAAUGGGCCACCGCGCGCAGCUUUAAAUGGGUCAUGCGCUAUACCACCGGCGUGCGCUUCAACAUUAUCGAGGGCUCCGAACACCUGACCACCCGGCCCGCCGUGUUCAUCGGUAACCACCAGUCCGAACUCGACGUCCUCAUGCUUGGCACCAUCUUUCCUCCCUACUGCAGCGUCACGGCAAAGAAAUCCCUCCGCCACAUCCCCUUCCUCGGCUGGUUCAUGGCCCUCUCCCGCACUGUCUUCAUUGACCGUGCCAACCGCGAAACCGCCGUCAAGGCGUUCGACAGCGCCGCCGAAGAGAUGCGCAAUCAUCGCCAGAGCGUCUUCAUCUUCGCCGAGGGUACCAGGAGUUACUCCGAUAGCCCGGAGUUGCUGCCCUUCAAGAAGGGCGCAUUCCAUCUUGCCGUGAAGGCCGGUGUGCCGAUUGUUCCCGUUGUCACAGAGAACUACUCGCAUGUUCUGUCUCCCCGGAACCUGAGAUUUGAAGCUGGCACCAUCAAGAUCAAGGUCCUCCCCCCAAUCAGCACCGAGGGUCUCACCUCCGCCGACGUUGACGCUCUAACCAAGUCCACGCGCGAGUCCAUGCUCAAGACUCUUCUUGAAUUAUCCGAGAAAGACGAGACCGAUACCGUCGCGGCCAACGGCAAGUCCACUUCCGUGGAGCUGUAA